AUGAGGGACCUCAACGAUAAACUAGUGGCGCUAGCGAUGAGUCAGUUGCGGAGCAAAAACUAUCAAGAUGAUGUAGAGGUGUACGCCCAUGCCUACUUCGCAGCUGCUGACAUCACCACAGGCCCACGAUGUUCAUGGAUAACUUCAAGGGACAUCAUGAGACUGUCGACUGGUGCCACCUCCAUGAACUCUCCAUGCUCUAGCACUGCUGCCACUACCACUCCCUUGCCCGAUUCCACAAGGUAA